GAGUUGGGCUUGAUUCGACGUCCGGCCGCGUUCACAUCAACCAUUUGUGAUGAUCGAGGCCCAGAACUGUUGUUUGCCGGUGUACCUAUCAGUCAAGUGAUCAGUGAACAGUUAGGGAUCGGCGGAGUUCUCGGUUUGUUGUGGUUCAAACGUCGACUACCUGAAUACUGCACAAAGUUUCUCGAACUGUGUCUGGUAAUCACAGCGGAUCAUGGUCCUGCCGUUUCCGGCGCUCUGAACACGAUUGUGACCGCAAGAGCCGGUAAAGAUUUGCUGUCCAGUCUGACUGCUGGUCUCCUGACCAUUGGUGACCGAUUCGGUGGUGCAUUGGACGCGGCCGCUCGGCAGUUCUCUGCUGCAUUUGAUGCCGGACUGAAACCGGCAGAAUUCGUGGCAAACGAACGACGCGGUUCCCGAUUAAUUAUGGGCAUCGGACAUCGGGUCAAAUCGAUUACAAACCCGGACCUACGGGUGAAACUGCUCAGCGAAUUCGUGCAUCAACACUUUCCGGCCACUCCUUUGGUCGAUUAUGCGUUCGCUGUGGAACAAGUUACCACAAAGAAGGUACAGCAGAAUUACUUGUCUGUUUCUAUAGAACGACCGAAUCUCAUUCUGAACGUGGACGGGAUGAUUGGUGUGGCAAUGGUUGAUCUACUUCGUCACUGUGGCCAAUUCACCCGUGAAGAGGCGGAUGAAUACGUGGCUAUCGGCACACUAAAUGCGUUGUUUGUUCUUGGAAGAAGCAUCGGUUUUAUCGGUUUGUCUGUUUUACAACUUCCUGAUUGUGCAGGUCAUUACUUGGAUCAACGAAGACUUCAUCAGGGCCUGUACCGUCACCCGUGGGAAGACAUUUCCUAUCUUCUGCCAGAACCGGAUAAUCAUUGA